AUGAAUUUUACUCUUAAAAUUUUGAGUUUUUUUUCCUGUUAUAUGAUUUUAGAAUUAUGUCUAAUUCCAAAUAGUUUUAGCAAAAUAAUAAGCAAAGAUGUGCCUGAGGUAAGUGGGUUCACCAAUGUGCCUAAUGGUCCAGUAGACUUACCCGCUCAGCUGAAGCUCAAUUUAGGGAUGCGAAGAUACAAGCAUAACAAUCCCUUCCACAAAGAUGAGAACAAUGAUAUGGAAAAAGAAAUGAGCAAAGAUGCAGACGAACUACAGGAAAUUAUAAAUAAAGCUAAUUUCCCUGGUUCACAACCUGACAACAUGUAUAUGCAACAUCAGGAAAAUUAUGAUAUUCCUCCAUGGUUAGCUAAAAUGAUUAAUUUAUCAAAUAACAGUAAAAGCACAUUAGAAUCACUAGGUGUUGCAAAUUUACCGGAUAUUAACGCAUGUAAAGGAAUAAAAAAUUUGAAGGAACAAAUGUUGUGCAUACUUGAAGCGCUUGAGGACAUUAAGGGAGUCUAUCAGGAUGCAAAGGACAUAACCUCUUUAACAGCUCGUGUGCUAGCUGGAGGAAGAAUGGCUGUGCGUGCAUUGUCAAGGCUGAAGACCCUGGCAUCUAAGUUUGAAAAUAGACAGCUCAUGAAAAAACUGGGAACCCCAAUGGCCUCACUAAUUAUGCUUCAACGAGAAUCUACAUCAGACAGGGACAGGUGGUUAUGCGGAUCCAUUUUAACUCUGUUAACAGAUCUACCUGUUGUGUCAGACUUAGCUGAUAUAAAAACGGGAUCAUAUGGUCAUGUGAAUGUUAUUAUGCCAAGACAAUCUAGGGUAAGAAACCCUGAUAGACAUAUUUUAAAAUUACGAGAAGGUGCACCUCCUUCCAGCCUCAUCGGUGGAUACACAACAAUUCAAGAAGAAUACACGAUUUGA